AUGGCGAAUCUCCCUCCAAUAUUCUAUCAUUAUUUUACGCUUCCUCUACCUUAUACAAGGACUUUGGCUCUUCAAGAACAACUUCAUAGGAUUCAGCUUGCGACUCGGCGAACCUCGGGAUCCUACAAAGACAUCCUCCUUCUGCUGCAACACCGCCCGGUUUACACCGCAGGGCGUAGACAACUUUCUACUUCCCCUGAGGUCCAAGUGGAGGCGGCACGGUUGCGGGGAAUCGGUGCUGAUUUCGUAGCGACUCAGCGCGGAGGGCAGACCACAUACCAUGGACCCGGCCAGAUUGUUGGAUAUCCCCUUUUAGAUCUAGCUCGCUGGUCUCCGCCUCUCGGCAUUCGUCCUUAUAUCUGCAACAUGCAACGGACGCUUGAGGCACAUCUGUUAGAAAGACAUGGUGUCGCACAUGUGCCGAGUGAUAACACGGGAGUGUUUCUAGACGAGACGACAAAAGUCGCUAGCAUCGGAGUGCAAGUGAGGCACAGGUUGACGACCCACGGGUUCGCUAUGAACGUUACCCGAGAGCCUCUCGCAUGGUUUGCGAAGGUAGUUGCAUGUGGCUUAGCGGAAGUCAGCGCCGGCUGUAUCGCUGACGCCGUUAAAGUCAACGGCUCAAGGGGCAGCGCAAUUACGGUCGAAGGGGAGAUAGAGGGGCUGGUAGCGACCUUUGGCCAGGUGUAUGGCAGAGAAAUGGCUCCCCUUGAUAUGCACGAGCGGGAUGAGUCCGUGCAUGCAAUCCGGACAUUUGAGAAGGAGAUCGAGCAAGCAGGUGACUGGGUUCGAGCACCUCUCGGAUGA